GUCUUUUUUUUACAGGGUGGAUAAGAUAUUUCGGCGUGAUUAUGGAUCGGAUUUCGUGCGUGAAAUUCGCUGGGUUCCGCGGAGGGGUUCUGGUUCUGGUGCUGACGGCGGGUUUCGCUGCUGGUGGGGUUCUGACUGCGGAUCGCACCUUGUUCGACCCAAAAUUAUCGCAGUAUGCGUAUAGAAAAUUGUUCCUGGAUCCGAACCCCGCAACAGUGAACUUCCCGAAAAGAAGCAGUAAUUUGUUGGAAAGGAAGAAGAUUCACAAACGGGAAGCGGAAAUUUAUGAAGCAUUUCGCCCCUUGAAGCGAUACGUCGAUGAGAAUUUGUGCCAGAAAAAAUCUGACGGGCUUUUCCAACCGCCGAAGAAAUUCCUGAGGAUGCAAAUCAGCAUGAAUCAAAAGCGAUUCAAAACACUGCGUAUGAAGCGACAAAUCAUGCAGUCGAACUCAGCGAAGAACCAGGCAGAAAUAAUAAAAAGGAAAUAUCAGACAUCCAGCUUAUUUGGAGGAUCCUCGGGCAAGGAUCUGCAGAGGGAUCCCACUUGCAUCACUGCUGGUCGUCAGAUUCAGUUCAGGCCUCGCAAAGCAGAGUCUGAAGGAGGAGAUUCUGGACAAGGAAGUUCAAGAGGAGGUGUUCAUGUAUCUGUUCUUGGAGGUAAGGUUACCAGUGUUCUCCAGAAGAUUGGCGCAGAUCCAAAGCCCAAAAAGCCAAAGAAUAAACCAAAGACUGCACAGAGUCCUGUAACUCCUACAACUGAAGAUUCCAGUCCCUCAAAACCUGAAGAGGAAAUGGCUGCAUCAGUGACCAAGGGAAGCACACAAGCUGCAAAUCAUGCAGGUAACCAAGACAAUAAAAACUCAACUACCACAGCAGUAACAGAAGGAGAACCCAAAGUAGAAGAAAACUCAAAUAGCACAUCAAAUAACCAAGAAACUACAAUUAGUGCUGAGACAGCAGUGUCAGAGGAAGGCCAAGUGCAAGAAACAUGUGUAACAGAGCCAGGCAACGAACCAGAGGAAGACACAAGUGUAACUGAGCCAGACAAUAAAGAGGAGGAAGACACCUCACAUUGUCUCGGUCUUUUAUUUGUCCCAGAUAACAAACAAGAAGAAGAACCAAGCAUAAAGUGGGAGCCACAAACAGAACAAGAGGUGGAAGAAACAACCACAACCAUAAAGUCAGGGCCUGAGACAGGAGACAAAGCAGAUCAAAAUACAAUUACUCAAGAGUCUGAAAGCAAAGAAGGAAAUGAUACAACAACAGCUGAUGAUGAAGGACAACAGGUUCUUGAUCAAGAUGCACAGGACAGCUCAGAAUCUAAAGACAGGACAAAUAAAACGAGAACCUUGGACGAGGAGAUCAGCGAAGUCUACCAAAAGGUGAAAAUACCCACGCUGAAUCCAGAAGAACCAUCGUCCACGACACCAGCACCGCCGACCAUCCGGAAGAAGAAGAAGAAAAACAAGAAAAACCGGAAGAAGGUGUCCAAAGAAAGUAAAAACAAGCGUUUGAUGGAAACGACAGAACAAGAGUCAACACGUCCAGAACCAGAACCAGAACUCGUUGAAGAGAAACCCGAUAAUUACGCCUCUCUCAAUGUAAAUAUUCGCAAGGAGAAGAAAUCGCGAGUUAUGGCGAGCAGGGCGAAAUCUGCUCGUUUGCGACAAAGGAAAUUGCAAAACGCCAUGUUGAAAAUCAAGGCGAAACAGGCCAGACAAAAGAUGCUGGAGCAGAAUGCCAACAGGAAAUUGCUCAGGGCUCAGGCAGCAAUUGCGGCAAGAUUGGACAGAGAGGUUCAGCUUUUGGCAUCCCUUUCGAAUGGACGAGAAGAGAAGAAGAUUUUUUUCUCUGGUUGACAUCCGACACUGUUUUAAAAAUAUGUAAUAUUUCUAUAAAGAAAAUACAAUACAACAAAUACCAUAUGAUCAACUUACAACUAAAAGUCAUGUACAUAUAUACACAGCAGAACACUGGCAUCAUAUUUUUUUCGGGGCUGAUGAAGUUUUUUUCCAGGAACCCAAUUACAACAUAGUCUGCUGCUUCUUUGACUUUUUCUUUCAUUUCCAAACUUUUCUUUGUGGCUAUUUCGAACUCUUCCAAAUUGUCUCAAACUUAAAACCUACAGGUGUGGCAAUAUUAAUUGAAAAAUUUGAGUUUUUGGGAGUCUGUGGAGUGGAAUAAAAACUGACACUGGGGUCCCAAAAUUGCAACAUA